AUGUCUGAUUCCAUCGACAGGGUCUUUGUCAAGGCCAUAGCUACCAUCCGGACGCUGUCCACGCGGUCGCCCAAGAGCUCGCUCCCGCGUCCGCCGCUUGCCAACCGCGUCAAACUCUACGGACUCUACAAACAGGCGACUGAGGGGGACGUCACAGGGCUCAUGGAAAGACCCAUAGGCUCGCGGCCAGAGGACGAGGCAGCAAAGCGCAAGUGGGACGCGUGGAAACUCGAGGAAGGACUCUCCAAAACAGACGCUAAAAAACAGUACAUUUCAUAUCUGAUAGACACCAUGAGAAGCCAUGCCAACGAGUCUGCGGAGGCCCGUGAGCUGCUGAGCGAGCUGGAGUACCUGUGGGACCAGGUUAAGGACCAGCAAGUGUCGCCGACGCUGGGUGAGUUCCACCCCGAGGCUCCGCUGUCCACGCGUGCGCAGAGCCCUGCUCUGUCGCUGUACCGACUUACGUCGUCGGGCUCGCAUGCAAAUCUUGUGCGGCCUGUUUCGCGACUCUCGAUGGCCAGCGCCGCUGCCGCGGAAAAGCAGGCUGCGCAGGGCGCCGGUCACCGGGCUGUCAGCAGCAACGCGACGAUAUCGCAAAUGGCAGGGUAUGGGGCCACUACGAGCGGACUGAACAGCCAGGGCGUCGACACAACAAAGAAUCUCGACUUUGUGAGGUGGCAGAACGACAUCAACGCAACGCUGACCCGUCUGAGCUACGAGAUUUCUAGUCUGAAGACGAUCGGACUGAAUGCCCAUCUGCGCGACUCUCCGCCCGCUAGAAACGUGCCGAGAAAAGACAGGAGAAGGAGAACGCUUCAUGCCCGCAUCCGAGCCCUCGUUGUCACCCUGCUGAGCAAAUUGUUCAACGUUUUCAAGACAGUGCUGAAACAUGCCGCACUAGACUCGGUGGUGGCUCUGGUUUUUCUGGGGCUCUUACAUAAGAUAAGCACGGUGCAAGGGUGGGACGCCGAUUUGGGCCAGGCCCUGGGGUCUCAUGCUGAUUCGGUCUUGCACGGUGUGCGAGAGCUCUGCCACAGGGUUUUCAGCAGCAAGUGGACCUUUUGGGGCCGCGGACAGCAGCAGAACGCGUUAAUCAGUAUUUAA